AUGAGUUAAUAUAAUGUCACAGUUGAGAUGCCAAAUUAGUAGAUUUAUUCUUUUAGUUGUCAACCCUAGAAUAUUAAACAAAAGUUACUCUAAAAAGACAACUAAAUUCCUUGUGAUAACAUGAUUCUAGUGGAUAAUUAGGAUGAUAUAUUUAGUGCAGUUAAUAUAUCACACUUAAUAAAUACUCAGAAUAAAGAAUUAAAACUUCAUUUUAAGGUUCUUGAUGCUAAAUAGCUUUAUAAAGAAUUCAAACAAUAGGUUAACACAAUUAAAAAAUAUUAAUAUGAUUUGGAUCAGAAUAAAGAGAACUUAAAAAAAUUAUAUUAAGAAAUGAAAGAUAAAGAAAAUAAUUAUCAAAAUGACCUAUCCUCAAAAGAACAAUAAUAUAAUGAAAAAAUUAGAAUAAAACAAGAAGAAUUUGAAUAGAUAAAAAAAUAGUUUGAAAAAGAUAUUUAGUAAGCCUCUAAGAAAAAUAUUUAGCUUGAAUCAGAUAUAAAAGAGAUAGCUUAUAAUCAUGACAAGUAAGAAAAUAAUAUCAAAAAGUUAAAGGAGAUAAAUGGAAAUUUAGAAAAAAUUAAUAAGGAAUUAUAAAGAAAAAUUGAAGAAUUUAACAAAAUGAUUUAAAUAUUCGAAUAAAAAAAUGAAGAAUAAAAACAAAAGAUUAAUGAAUUGGAAAAAUAUAUUAACUAUGUCAACUAAGAAAAAUAGACAUUAUAGUAAUAAUAUCAAAUGUCUUAUGAUUAGACAUGUUAAUAAUAUCAGAUGUCUUAUGAUUAGACAUGUUAAUAAUAUCAGAAUUAUUUAAAUAAUAUGUAGAAAAAUUACGAAAGUAUUGUUCAAUCUCAGGAAUAGUCAUAAAAAGAUAUUGAAAAACAAAAAUAAAUGUUAAAAAAAGAAGAGGAAAAAAACAAGCAAUAUUAAGACAAAAUUAUACAAUAUGAAAAUAAAAUUACGGAUUUAGAAGCACAGAUAAAAUAGAAAGAAAAAUAAUUAGAAAUAAAAAAUAAUGAAAUUAAUGAUUGCAAGUAGUUAGGGAGGAGCUCAAAAUGCUAUUUUGAUGAAGCUUCUGUAAAGGUUAGUUAGCUAGAAAAAGAUAAGAAAAAUUUAUAAACUCAAUUAGAUGAUAUAAAUUUGAAUUUAAUUACAAAAGAUGAGGAAUGUAAUUAAUAAAUAAUUUAAAUCUAAAAGCUGAUUAUUUAUUAAAAAGAAUAAAAGUAAAAAAUUGACUAGUUGGAAUAAAAAGUUGAAGAUUUAGAAGGAAAUAUUAGUUAAAAAGUAGACGAAAUAAAAAAAAAAGAUUCAAAAUUAUCAAAUUUAAAUUAAGAAUUAAAUGAUUAAGCUGAAUCAAACUAAAAUCUUAAAUACAAAAAUUUAGAGUUAGUUAAAUAAAUAGAAGAUUUGAAAGAAAAAUUAAAGAACUAAAAUAACAGAGAAGGAUAAUAAUAAUAAGUACUGCAAAUAUCAAAAUCUUCAAGAAUUUAACCAGAUCGAGAUGAAAAAGAAUAUAUUAAAAAAAAUCAUGAUCUCUAAAAUCAAUUGAUGUAAUCAAAAUAGUAGAACUAAUAAAUAGAACGAGAUAUUAAUGAGGUCAAACAGAAAUUAAAGAGUAUGGAAUAAAAUUAAGAAAAUUAUAAACAAAAGGUUAAUUAAUAAGAAUAGAAAUUGCAUCAAGAAAUCAUAUUAUUAAAGGAAUAAUUAUAUUUUACAAACUAAAUUAUAAAGAAAUUAUCAUAGAAAAACAUGAAUAUAUAUUAAUAAGGUGAAGUUACUAGCUUAAUGCAAAGAUUAAUGUCAUCUAUUUAUAGAAUAAAUGAUUAUCAUUUAGAUCCAUAAUCUAUAAUUAGUAGUUAAGAAUAUGAAAUUUUUGAAAUUAUCUUGGAAAAUGAUAAAGCUAAAUAAUAAAAAAUAAAAUAAUAUUUUUUUUUUGAAGAAUGUUUAACAACCAAAAAAUUGGGAAUUGUCAAACUAAAGAGAAAUGUAAAUAUCAAUGCAAAUGCUGAAUCUACAUUUUUUAAGGGAUAUGUUAAUUAAAUCUAAGAGUCUACUGCAAAAGAACUUUAAGGAAAAUAUCUUUUAAGAAAAGAACUUAUUUCUCAAGUAGAAUAGUUUGAUAAUACUGAGGAUAUAUUGGAAAUUGUAAAAAACAAUUUUUUAUGUUAAUUUUUAUUGCAAUAAUUUAAUGAUGUUUUAAUUUCAUAAAAAAUGAAGGUUUAAGAAUAUAAAAUUGCAAGAUAAUUUAUUUUAAAACAUAUAUGUAUAUUUUAUUUUAUUUAUAUAAAUAGAAAAAGUGGAAUAUUAUUAUUGUGAAAUGGUAGAGGAAGGAUAAUAUGAAAAAAUAAAUGGAGGUACUUUUAUUCCAAAUUAAAAUGAAAUUCAUAAAUAUUUUAAUGCAUUCUCUAAUUAUGUUUUAUAAAAUUCAAAACAAGAAUUAACAAUCACUUAUAUUUAAUUAUGUGGAAAAUAUAUUUAUGAUAUGAUAGUUACUAGUAAUAACAUAGGAGUCUUUUCACCUUUGGAUUAAGGAGAAAAUGAAAUUAUAUAAUUUAAAGGGAGCACAAAGGGAGAAUUUAUAAAUUCAAAUAAUUAUUAUUGGAAUUAAAAAAUAGAAAAUAUUGCUAAUAGUAGUAUUUGA